AGUCGCCACUUUUUUGUUUGCCUUCAGCGUUUUCGUCGCAAACAAUUAAACAGAGGGGGACCAUAAAGAUACUCACAAAAGCAGUUGAAAAAACAUUAAAUUUCCUCUGAAAAAUAUUGUGGCAAAAGAGCUGUUUUAGUGAAAGAAACAGGGAGCAAAACCUCAAAAGAACGAAACCCAAGAACUAAUAAACAAGCAGACCAGCUUCGAUGGCGCUCUCUGACGCAACAAUGUCAAACGACAGUAAUGUAAAUUACACCUCAAAUGACGAAAUGGACUCUCAUUCCCAAGAAGACUUUGAUGUAAUCAUAGCUAUCUUCGUUAUCCUGUGCACGAUUGGGCUAUCUAUAAUUGUUAUCAACGGCUUCGUCAUUUAUCUUGUGUGUACCAGACAGUAUCUGAAGACAGUGACCAACUUCUGCCUGGCAAGCCUGGCGAUAUCCGAUAUGUUAUCGGGUUUGUAUGCAGUACCACUCAUUAUCGCCUGUACCACCCAUAAUAACUAUUAUAUCUGUGUGGCUAUGGACUUGGGGCAAAGAUUCCUCUCGAUAUCAACCGUGCUCCACCUACUCUUGAUAACAUUGGAGAGAUAUUUUACAAUUGUGUUCUCGGUCAUGAGAACUACGUCAGUCAUCUCCAAGAAAACCUGCGUGGCAAUUCUGUUGGUAGUCUGGUUAACCUCACUCUGCGUCUCACUCUCCCAAAUCUCAUUCAUGCGCGAUCCAAUGAAAGCACCAAGCCAAAGCCAAAUCACCUACGAUUUUGUUUGCCUGGCGGUACUAGCCGUUGUUCCUCUAGUGAUAAUGGGAGUGGCGUACUUCCAUAUUUUCUACACUCUAAGGAAACACUGCGAACAAAUAAAGCGCGACGUAUCUCAUAUUUCUUCGCAGUGCACGCAACACAACUCCAAAAAAGAACGGAAAGCCCUGCUUAUCUACAGCGCAAUGAUUUGCGUUUUCAUCGUGGGAUGGUUCAACUAUUUUUUCAAUUCGUUGCAAGAGGAUUUAGGCAAUAGGGUAGGGAUCCCAUUAUGGGCUGAUGUAAUUUUAUUGAUUUUGAGGUUUAGCACUGGUCUCCUAAACCCACUGUUGUACACCUUUCUCAAGCAGGAUUUUCGGCGAGCCAGAAAAUCAAUUUGCUCUUCGAGAAAACGUACUGGAUGGUAUCGUCGAUCCACAUUUACAUCUUCGUUUUCCACCAGAAAAACAGGCCUUUCUUCUAACUCAUUUGCCGAGUCUCAACAAAUGGCGUCUUCUCUUUAAAACGUGCGGAUUAUUGAAACACACUCUCGCGACUCAAUCGUUACCUUUUACUAACUACAUAGUCUGCCACAGAGUGGAACAAAAAGAAGUGAUGAGUGAAUUCAAACCACAUUUGGACUAUCAUCAAAAUGAUGUGCGUAACGUAGUGUUUUUUCAAGGUGCGCAAUGGACGAGCCCAAUCUAGGGGAUAGCCCCUCUCCCCCUGACAGGAAGAAGUGUGCCCCAAGCUGACGAAACCCAGCCUAAUGCACGCCCUAAGAAACACGGAAGGGAGGAAAAAGCGGACGCGCGAAAAAUGGGGUAAGAGGAGGUAAAAAAAAAACUGAUGGAGCCGUAACUACCGUUUAACGCUAGUGCUCUGUUUCGUUCGUUUCCAAUUACGCAAAAAAAAUGCAAAUGAGCUUGCAUUUCAGUAAUU